AUGCACCAGAGAGAUCUGUCUUUCAAAAGAGGCCUGAUGUCAGAACAUUCUUUAACAAUCGAUAGUCGGACAAUUCGGAACUCGAAAAUCAAUUGUCCAGAUAACCAUAGCAUGUCGACAGCCACCAAAAGAUGGAUAUUCAUAGGCGAACGCAAAAGGAUCCUUCUGCAAGGCCUUGCUACAAUUGGAUUGCCUGCAGAGAUGAGUACGGGAUUUGGAGCAGUGUGUUGGAGCUUCACCUUUCCAAGAGGUACUCGUGAAAAAAGCGAGACUGUGCUGAUUGGAUGGCUGCUUGCUGAUGUUAUGUUGAUCCUUCUUCCAGUGCAACACCCUUGCUGGUCUUUCUAUAGUCUUGCUGGUCUUCAGCUGAUUAGGAACCUUGUAUUCCGUCAGGUACCAUGUGGAGAACGUUGCCAAGUAAUCUUAAACGAGGUUUACCCACAUCCAACGUAA